UUUAAAUCUCUUUCUUCUUCUCUUUCGGCAAAAUCCCAGUUCUUCACUCUCCAUUUCACUUCCACCCUCCUCCUGCGUAAAAAACAAGCCGAGUUUUGCUCAUACACAACAAUGGCGGAACCUAAAGUCAAAUACGAUCGUCAGCUCAGGAUAUGGGGUGAGCAAGGACAAGCCGCACUGGAGAAAGCCAGUAUCUGCUUACUUAACUGUGGUCCAACUGGUUCUGAAACUUUGAAAAAUCUUGUUCUUGGUGGAGUUGGAAGCAUCACUGUUGUUGAUGGUUCUAAGGUUGAAGUGGGUGAUCUUGGAAAUAAUUUUAUGGUUGAUGAAGCAAGUGUUGGACAAUCGAAGGCAAAGUGUGUGUGUGCAUUUCUUCAAGAGUUAAAUGAUGCUGUUAAAGCCAAGUUCAUAGAAGAACAUCCGGAGGAACUAAUUGAGACAAAUCCAUCCUUCUUUUCUCAGUUUACAUUAGUCAUAGCUACACAGCUGGUUGAAGAUUCCAUGGUGAAAUUGGAUAGAAUCUGUCGGGAGGGAAAUAUUAUUUUAUUAUUUGCACGAUCAUAUGGCCUCAUGGGUCUUGUCAGGAUUAGUGUGAAGGAGCAUACAGUAAUUGAAUCGAAGCCUGAUCAUUUUCUAGAUGAUCUACGGCUUAAUAACCCAUGGCCAGAACUUCGGAGGUUUGCAGAGACAAUUGAUUUAAACACAACUGAUGCUGUGGUUCAUAAACACACACCAUAUAUUAUUAUCCUUGUUAAACUGGCGGAGGAAUGGGCAAAUACUCAUGGUGGAAAUCUUCCUUCUACCAGAGAAGAGAAAAGACAAUUCAAGGAUUUAAUUAAGUCCAAGAUGAUCACAGCGGAUGAAGAAAACUACAAAGAAGCCGUGGAAGCUUCAUACAAGCUCUUUUCUCCACAAGGGACUGGUCCAAACCUACAGAAGAUUAUUGAUGACAGCUGUACAGAAGUUGAUUCCAGUUCAUCUGAUUUUUGGGUGAUGGUAGCAGCCCUGAAGGAAUUCAUAGCUAAUGAAGGUGGUGGGGAGACACCUCUUGAGGGGUCAAUACCAGAUAUGACAUCAUCAACUGAAUUGUACAUAAACCUGCAAAAAACUUACCAAGCCAAGGCCGAGGCUGAUUUUCUUGUUAUGGAGCAGAAGGUCAGGAAUUUACUCAAGAAAAUCGGUAGAGAUCCAGCCAGCAUCUCCAAGGCAAAUAUAAAGAGCUUCUGUAAAAAUGCAAGGAAGCUUGCUGUUUGCAGAUAUCGCCUCAUUGAGGAUGAGUUCAACUCUCCUGUCCAACCUGAGUUACAGAAGUAUCUGAUAGAUGAGGAUUAUGGGACCUUGCAAGAAGCCAACUCUCUUAAAGUACUUCCUGAAAAUACUGCUGUGGGUCUUUAUAUUCUUCUUCGAGCAGCUGACCGGUUUGCUGCAAACUAUAACAAGUUUCCUGGCCAAUUUGACGGUGAGAUGGAUGAGGAUAUAUCUCGGUUGAAAACUACAGCUGUUGGCCUACUCAAUGAUCUCGGUUGCAAUGGCUCCGCCUUAUCAGAGGAUCUUAUUAAUGAGAUGUGCCGGUAUGGUGCUUCGGAGCUUCAUGCUGUGGCUGCCUUUGUUGGAGGAGUUGCAUCACAAGAAGUGAUCAAGCUCAUCACUAGACAAUUCAUUCCCAUGUCUGGGACAUUCAUCUUUAAUGGCAUUGAUCACAAGUCUCAGCUGCUGUUGUUAUAGUCGUCGAAUUUAUAGGCAUGUCCUUUCUUUCACCUUUACGCUGUAUUCUUAGGUCGGUGGAAUUGAUAGUUUUUUCUUUCACCCCACUUGGCAGAUUGCAUUUCGUAUGGCAUACUUUGGUAUUUGUGGUGUUUCAGUUUUGUUCUUUAGAGAUCCGACGUGCUUUAUGUCUCUUCGGAUGAGUUACCCAGGAGCAUGUUAAAAGGAAUGUUGCAGCUUCUUUUGAGUAGCAGGAAAUUUAGGAUCAGUGAAAGAGGUUUAACAAGAGAGUACCAUUUCUAAAUUUGCACACCAAGAAAACAUAUAGUAUAUGGUAAGAGUUUAACUUCUAUUCACUGACAGUUGAUUGCGGGUUGCUUCAUUUUUGACCAAUAUAUGAUAUCAAAGUCUAGAGAGUUGAUUUUUUUGCCUCGA